UUCAAGAGUUACGUAACAAGGGUUAUAUGAGGACAGCCACGCAGUGUGGGAGGGGAGAGUAAAUCUGCAACUUAAAAGUGGGAAAAACAAUUGACUCUCUGUCCUCACUCUCGGCAUACUCAAGGAAUCAGUCAUGGCUGCAGAAGCAAAGCAGUCUUGUUACGAGGGAAGCUCUGUCCAAAGCUUCCAGUUUUACCUAGAACACUCAGGAGAACACGAGGCCAUUCUCCAGUUUGUUCACAACAGCCUGCCAGGAGAAUUUAAAAGAAUUGCAGCAGGGAAAAGUAGCCUGGAUGUUCUUGGUGUCGGGAGUGGUGGAGGGGAGGUGGAUGUCCAGAUACUCACCCUACUGCAGUCAACAGUCCCUGGUGUCCCGAUCACUGCUGACGUUGUGGAAGGCAGCUCUCAGCUCACAGACAACUUCAAAGCUCUGGUAGCAAAGACCACCAACCUUCAGAAGAUCCCAUUUGCUUGGCAUAUCAUGCACAGUGAGGACUAUGAGAGGCAAGUCAAAGCAAAAAGAGACAUGAAGAAAUUUGACUUCAUACACAUGAUUCAGAUGAUCUACUAUGUGGAUAACCUCGCAGACACCAUCAAGUUUUACCACAGCCUUCUGAAGAACAAUGGCAGGCUUAUGAUCAUCAUUGAAACAGCUAACGGUGGCUGGGACACCCUGUGGAAGACUUACAAGAAGGAGCUCUGUGUCCAGGACAUCACAGAGUAUCGCUCAUCGGGAGAGGUUAUCGCCUGCCUGAAGAGCCAGGGUCUGAAAUAUGAUGAGCACCCCAUUCCCAACAGUUUCGAUAUCUCUGAGUGCUUCAAUCCAAGCAGCCAGACCGGACAACGUCUACUGAAUUUCAUGACAGCGACAGAUAACUUCCACCAAUCCUUCACCCCAGAGAUCAGAGCAGGCAUUUUAGACCUUCUCAGAAACAAGUGCAGCACUGAAAAAGAUGGCAGGGUGGUUUUCAACAGUCACAUGAGCUGCAUUCUUGUUCAUGCUUAAGUUUCUCCUAUGGAAAAAUGUUCAUACAUUCUGAUUCCCCCUCUUGCAUUAACUUUACCCUGCCAUAUGAUUAAAAAAAGUACAGCAUAUUUGCCUGUUGAUAAGGUUAAGAUAACCAUGUGCAGAUGUAUUCCCCUCAUUCACUCUGUAUGUGUACCAAAAUGAUCAAUAAAAAAACAAUUCAAUUACUA